CAUGUGGUCCGGCUAUGAAAGGGGCAGUGGCAAGCUUGAUGCUGCCAGCAACAGUCAACAAGAAACUUUGGCCGAUAUCGAGCACAUUUCCACGAUUGCCGGUUCUCUCGGCAGCAUCGGGACCAUCUCGCAGUCCGGUGACGGAGAACCAGUUUAUGAGACGGACCACACAGACCUCAACUCGGAGUAUGACGAAGUCGAGCUACGCCGGGAACUCAUGAAGGAUAAAUGGCGUCAAUUAUUCGAUGCGUUCGAUCCCGAAGGAUUUGGCGAAAUUCCUGUGGACGAUUUUGUCGCAGCACUCAAAUCACCAGAAUUUCUCGCCAACGUACCGCCUAAUAAACGUGACAUACUGUUCGAUCGUGCACUGAAAGCCAAGACCUCCAAGGUGGAGGCAAUCUCUUUUUAGGACUUUGUGAACGUGGU